ACAAAAGCAUAAACAACGGAGUCAGUUAUUGUUUGAGAGCGGAGUGCAAAAGAGAGAACACACACAGAACAUACACUCUGCUCGUAUCGGAUGGCAUAAACAAAUGCCUUUGGGCUUAAAGAGAGGCUAUGGUUGCCUUGUGGCAGCCGGGCAGAGCUACAGUUGGGGCCAGAACGCGUGUGGAUCUUGUCAUUUACAUACAGUUACAUGCAAAAAUAUUUGCUCAGUUCUCAAUUAUAAAAUACAACAAAAUUAGCAGCCGCAUACGCAAUGGGCACAUCAUUUUCAUUUUUCUUCGAUCGGUUUGCUGCCAAGGAGGAUGUGCGUGUGUUGAUGAUUGGCCUGGACGCAGCCGGCAAGACAACAACUCUGUAUCAACUUAAGCUGGGCGCCACUCUAACCAACAUACCGACCAUUGGAUUCAAUGUGGAAAUAUUGGAAUACAAGCGCCUCCGUCUGACUGUUUGGGAUAUUGGCGGCCAGAAGCGUGUGCGUUCCAUGUGGCGAUAUUACUACAACAAUGCAGCUGGCGUUAUAUUUGUGGUGGAUGCCGCCGAUGUUGAACGCUUUCCCGAGGCUAUGACCGAGCUGCAUUCGGUGCUGCGCGUGAACGAACUAAAGGACAGUGUCGUAUUGGUUUUCGCCAACAAGCAGGAUCUGCCGCAUGCGAUUGCACCGGCAGAGCUAGCCUUGCGAUUGCGCUUGGACGAGCUACAACAGCGCUGGAAGGUGCACGGCGUCAGCGCCGCCAACGGACAUGGCGUUCUCGAGGGCAUGGAACUGCUCUAUCGCAUGAUACGACAGCGUCGUCAGCGUGUCCGUAGAGAGCGUCGUUUCAAAUCAUUCUUCUAGCCCCAUUGGCAGCUCCAGCUUCAGCGUUCGCGCCAUUUCCAGCUCCUAGCUCUUAUAUACAUAUAUAUGUAGCAUAAAUGUGUAUG